AUGGCUAAUGUAUUCCAAGUUUCAGAAUGGAGUGGAGCAACUGGUGGUCCACCAGCAGAAGUUAUACUCCGUCUCCAUCCAACACCUGUCACAACCACAUAUCCUGUCCUGCAGCGCGGCAACCUAUCUAUCACUGAAUUGGAUGGUAGCGCUAUAGUAGUCCGUGCUGAAGAAGCACUUAUAGUGGCGUUUGUGCUACUACUUUGGGUAGCAGCUAUCGCAUUAUUCUUCAACCGCUGGGGCAAGAUCAGCACAGAGCAUCUCUGUCAAGAGGUUGUGUAUCAUACGAUUGUGGAGGGACAUUCUCUGCUUAUCAGCCAUGUGGAUAUCUUUCGCACCGUCCAAGACAACAUGGCGCUAAUACCAGAAAGCCCACCACGUAGAUCGCGUUCCGCAGCCGACCUACCAGCUCUAACCACUCCAUCCGACCACGUUCCUACCACAUCGAGAUCAUCUCGAGCUGCUAGCCUCCACACCGUGGAUCUAAGAGUUUGCGCUCCUUCCCCACGAGCAUCGAGAGCGGCAAGUCUUCACUCGACCCUGGAUAUACCCACAGUCCAAGUUCACGUCCGAGGAUCUAAUGCUAAUAUAAAUAGACCCAGGAGUCCUAGAAGAUUGACCAUUACAAAUGUCUAA